UGCUGCUGGGCUGCCAGGUCCCUGCUCUGGGUACUUCUCUGCUUUGGGGCGUCUCAUCGAGAAGCUGCAGCCUGGCCUGUCUCACCUCUACACAGAGGGGCCGCUGGGGCCUGACGGAAAAAGGUCCACGUGCCCAAUGGCUGGCCCAGGGUGGACGAUGCUGCUACUGCUGCUGCUGCUGCCGCUGGGGUCCUUGGUGGGGUAUGGGCUGCAGAAGCAGCAGAUGAACCUGUCUCAUAAGGUCAUCGGGGAGCCAUGCAGGAGCCAUGAGGAGUGCCAGAGCAACUGCUGUACCACCAACAGCCUGGACCCACACACGCUCUGCACCCCUAAGACCAUCCUCCUGCAGUGCCUGCCCUGGAAGAAGCCCAACGGGUACAGAUGCUCAGACAACUCAGAGUGCCAGAGCAGCUGCUGCGUCCGCAACAACAAGAGCCCGCAGGAGUUCUGCACAUCCCAAACCAUCUUCCUGCAGUGUGUGCCCUGGCGCAAGCCCAACGGCAACUUCUGCAGCAGCCACCAGGAGUGUAGCAGCCAGUGCUGCAUCCAGCUGAGGGAGGACAGCCCCUUCCGCUGCAUGCCCCGCACCGGGAUCCUGGCCCAGUGCCUGCCCCUGUGACGUGAGCUCCAACCUGGGUGUGAGGGACCGACCUGGGCCCUGGGAUGUUCACACCGGACCCCGUUGCUCUGGGGCUGGCUCCAGUGGAAGCUUCGCUCACUGUUCGUGCUGCUGUUUCUGGAGCUCUGAAAAUCUGUGGGAACUGAAAGGCAAUGACCAGCCUGGUGGCACGAAGUGUCUGAGAACAAAUUCCAGGCACUGGGACGUGUAACCUGAUUGUUAAACAUCAAUAAAGGCUCCUGGAGGACCGAG